AUGUCGCGCCCAGCGUGCAGCAACGGGCCAUCCGUGCUCAACUACACUAUGACUGGGCAGCUUGUUGGGCACAAGAGGACAGAGUCCCACGCCCGUUGCAAAGAGGCGGUGUCGGACGCAGCCUUGACAAGGUACAAAGGGCUGGGGCGACUGGAGGACGAGGACAAGGAACUGGAAGUCCAUGAAGAGACAGCGCUAGGACCUGCAGAGAGUGGCAAUUCGCCCGCAGGCCCACUGGCACGAGCCACAGUGCAGCCCGACGCCAAGACGACCACUCUGGUCAAGAAGCGCGCGAGGCUACAACAGCCGCGUCUUCUUCGUGGCUUCUCCUGCAAGGCUCGCCAAGAUGAGCUCGCGCUGGCGCUUGUACUGCGCUCGGAUCUCCUGCUCAUUGUCCGCAGGGGUGGCACCGAGCCCAGCAAUGAACUUCUUGAGCUGCUCCACCUCUGCAAGCGCUGCGUCCAGCUUGGUCUGCACCCGACCGUCGUCGCCGAGCUCCUGGAGCAGCGCGCCCAGUUGCUCGGUAGUGACGCCGAGACCUGGGACGGCGGUGGCACCAACAGCACCUUCCGCUGGCGUAGGAACCGACGAAGCCAGACGGACCUGCUCGCUCUGGAGCUCGUGCAGCUCAGCCUCCGUGGUCGCCAAGGCCUGCUUCUGCUCCUGCUUCUUGGCGUGCAGGUCGGCGAUCUGCUGCUCGAGAUGGUCAAGGCCCUCGCACUGCGCCUUACGCCGGCGCUCCAGCUUGAGUUGACGCUGCGCCAAAUCACGGAGACGGGUGCCAACUGGACGAGACGCCGCAAGCUCAGACCGAGGCCGGAAGCGCUCGGUCUCCAAGUCCUUGCGCAACUGCACAAAGGCCACCUCUUUGGAAUCCUUGAGGCGGGUGAGGCUGUCAUCGAUCUCCGCGAUACGCCCACGGCGACGCUGAGUCUCCGCAACAUCCGACACAUCCUCCGCCUCAUAGACCUCCAUCGUGUUAUCCUUGCCUUCGGCCUUGGCCAAGCUCCGUACGGCGGCGGCGGCGGCGCCAGGCGUCGCUGCCGCCUCGGCGAGAGCGUCGGGACCGCCAGUGGGGAGGAUUCUUCUGAGAUGCGAUCAGAGGUGCUGUAUUUUCCAUGUGGAGAGGGGGCGGUGCAGUCCAGCUCUGCUCUGUGUGAGGUGCCGCUGGGUUCGCAGUUCAGGAUCGAUUCGUGCUCAUUCGGAGCAGUAUUUCACGGCCCGGCGGCGCGCGCGGCUUCGCUGGAGCGGCCGUUCUGCGAGGCGGGGAGUGCAGCGCCGUGCGAGCAGGUAUCGGAGCAGGCCUGCCUCUCUGAGCUGCGGCGGCUGUUCCGAGUGACGCGUCGCUCUCGCGCUGGCGCCGCGGGGGCUGGGGGGCAGAUCGGGCGACGUCCGCAUCAAGUCAAUUCCGACAUCCUGGCGGCGACAUGCCACCGCUUUCCGCUCUACGAGACGGGCGCCGCAAAGCGUGCGCAGCAGCAGAGCAUCGAGAUGACGAUGAACCACAUGCAUGAGCGCAUGGCAGGCGCCCCAGCGAGGCGCGCGCCGACCCGGGGCUUCGACGUCAAUUCAGGCACGUACCAGAGCACGAACGAGGACGCGAAGCUAGACCCUGAGGAGAUUCGGCCAGCACGAGCACUUCAGCACGGCGGGGGGCGACUUGAAUUUCACCGCGACUUGAGUUUGAACGUGAUCGACAUCGCUAGCCAGCUUGAGGGUCGGGCGGAGUUGCCGCAUCCCGACUUCGAUUGCGACUUGCGGGUUCAGACCCUGUCUGGCGCUGCCCAGGCCUGUUUUGGAGCUCGCAACGGCAGGCCCGAAGUUGUGGCCACGCGGCUGACGUUCGCCGCGUCCCAAGACUACCAGCUGGCGAGCGUCCCUGUGGAAGUCGCCCUGAUGGCUCUCGACCCGACCCACCUGGCCAAGGCGCUCUCCGCGCAGGGCGGCGCGGGCCAUUGCGCGGACGAGCUCGAGGCGACCUCCUCCGCGCCGGCCGACAAUUUGUGCGAAGACCUCCGCGCCGUGGCGCGCCAGAGCCUGGCGCGCGGCAUCGCGCUCGUUCCAUUGGAGGAUCAGGGGGCGCUUUUCUUUAACAUCGUGGCGGACUUGAAAAGGUCUAUGAAGCACCGGAAAAAUGCUGGCGCAUAUCACGCACUCACCUCAGACUGGAAGCAUGUCGUUGAGAGACCCAUCAUCCUGUAUGACGAGGUCGAGGGAUUCCAUCGGGGCGCAUCUCUGCCCGGCUUCGCCGACGACCUGCUGAAGAAACGGCUGUGCCCGACAGGCGCAGCAGACGAGGCCGCGGAGACGAUUCAAUCGGGCGACAAGAUGCUCGAGAGCUUCGACCUCUUCAGGGGCAACUGCGGCGCGGAAGGCUUCCGGGAUAUGUGA